AUGCGCGUACUUGGAUCAGACGCUGUACAAGAUCCUAGCAAAGUAGAAGCUUAUGUGCGUGCCCAAAUGGAGUCCCGUAAAAGAGCACAUGAGGCUGCAAAUGCGGCUCGAAAACUUACGAAAGAACAAGCUCGCUACAAGCGUAUAAAAAAGAUCAAGGAAGAUACUACCCACCAGGUUCAUGUUGCUGUUUACCGGUAA